AUUGACAAGUGUGCGACAUCCUCUAUUGGAAGUGGGAACAAACUUUUCCUAUAACCUGAUAUACGUGCGGUAAACAUAUUUUCCCCUCAGUUUUAUGUAUCACGAUUUUUCAGCGUUUUCGACAUCCUCGGGAGGAAUCCGUUAAGUUGGAAAAUAAAACAAUUAGAUAGUAAGAAUUAUUUUUUUUGUAAUAUCUUUCGACUUUAGAUAGAUUUGUCGUUUUCAUCACAACAGCAAUUUGUUAUCGCGUUAAGCUUGCUGAUAAGGCGAUGUCUGAUAACAGUAAAAAUUAUGUAGACUACCUGACCGAUCGUAGUUCAAUUGGCAGUACAACCAUGGCUGGUCAGGUGCAAUUAGCCUUUUUGUUAGUGAUCGCAGCGUUCGCGCAAAAUGACGCUACGCCUCUCGCAGACAAGCGAAGCCCUUUCUCUGUUCAGACGACAGAACAUACUGUAGUCUUGGAUAAGACAUUCGAUCGUCUGUUGCCGUAUUUGACUUCAUUUAUCAUCAAGAAUGGGUUAGAUCCCAUGGAACUCGUCGAUGUUUCCGAGGACCUUCUACCGGAUUUGCCUGGGAUAUUCAAAGGGCACAUCGAUCUCAAGAAGGGCUGGCUGCAGAACCUCGCGCAAAUAAAGCGUGCCGAUCAUGUGAUCGGAAAAUUUACCGAGGAAACAAAUACGCUGGUGCUCAACAUGGAUCUGGGAUUCAACGUUUUGGACUUCAACUACGAGUACGAUAUAUCGUACAUGCUGCUGAGAAGACUGGGCGAUAUGUACGGUCGCUUCUUCGACCUCAAGACUAAAGUUCUGCUGACGUUCGACCUGAAGCGGAAGUACAUUUCUCUCGAUUCCAUCAAGUUCACCGCCGUCGGGAAUUAUGACAUCAGAUUCGAGGGUCAUAUUCUGGAUCCCAUCUUGAACAUAGCGACUAAAGUGGUCACGACGAUUUUCAAGAAAUCCGUGCUGGCGCAUAUCGAGGAACGUUCCCUUAAAAUUUUCAGAGCGAAAAUCGACGAAUGGAACAAAAUACUUUCGCGCCCGAAAGGCACGAUGAUGCAAGAACCGAUUUACGUUUCUAGUAUUUCGGAUAUUAAUACUUUUAAGUUCGAUACUUUGGACAUAAAACUCCAUUGAUAUUUGCGGUUCUGCGGCGCGCUCAUUAUUCCAUACGAAAAAAAUUCGAAAAACAAUCAUUUCUAAAUAUUUUGGGGCACUUUUUUUAAUACAAUCGCCAAUACUUGACACGUACUAUGUGAUUGAUUCGUAUAAGUUUCAGAAUUGACUGCGGUAAUUUGAACAAUAUCUUUUCGCAAGAUUGUAAGCUUCUCAAAAUAUAUAAUUUAAUUCUACCAAUCGCGCUAUGAUACCUAAAUGUCAAGUCGAUUUUCAAUCGGAAACACGUGUAAUGAAACGAUCGCUCAUGUUGAAUAAAGCACACAAGCUCCCGAAGAGCGUGGAAAUGAUUUUUGUCUGAUGCGACGUUACUCACUUUUAUCAAGAUCAUUCGGCACUAUUGAAACCAGG